AUGCCUGUCAGAAGAAUCAUCAAGUUCCUCAGAGAACAAUACGAAUCUAUCCAGAAGAGAUUCACUAGUUCAGACAAGAAAGAAAAGGCUGAACCUGAGCCUGUGGAGGAUGUCACAAAGGAACCUGCAGCAGAAGACAAGGAGCAUGCAGAACCAGCUGUAGAGGCACAUCAACCGGUAGCUGAACCGGCAGUUGAGGAGGUUAAAUAA